AUGGAUCCCGCCCGGCCUUCAGUACCCCCAACUGAGCCCUGUCACACCCCUUCAGGCCGGACCACAACUCCCUCCAACAUGGUAAGGCCCGACCGCCACCGCCACCAAUUCAAGGUUAUCUCCGCCAAUGUACGUGGUCUCCGAACGAACAUCGGAGACCUGACCCACAACUGUGUACUACGACACGGUGCAGAUGCAGUUGUGGUGACGGAGACCUGGCUGAACGGAGAUGUGGAGCCAUCGUUCGGCAAAAUAGGUGGCUACACUCACUGGGCCAGGAGAGACCGAAAGGAUAGAGCUGGAGGCGGAGUGGCUGUCUGCUUCAGGGAGGGAGUGCAGACACAACAACUCGACGUGGACACGCCGCCUCAGCUAGAGGUGAUGUUCUUCCGGGUUGUGCUGGCCAACCACUCUGCCCUCCUGCUGUGCGCCAUGUACCGCCCCCCCCGGCAAGGGCCUGACUCGCUCCUGUACCUCAAGGAGGCCCUAGAUGUCCUCCUUGUGACUCACCGCUGCCAACACUUUUUGCUUGUGGGCGACCUCAACCACCACCUGGAGCACGACGCCUACGAAAACCUCCUGACGGUGCAGGGCCUGAGGGACCAUGUGACCUUCCUCACUCAUGAGCGGGGCGGGAUCCUGGACCCCGUCAUAUCCGACCUGGAGGAGGACACACUCAGCUGCCACCAGCUGGGUCUCGUGGGCAGCUCUGACCACCAUGCUGUCCUGACCCAGGUGGACAUGGGUGUGGCUCGUGACGAGGCCACCACUCGCACUCUCUGGCUAUGGGAUAGGGCAGACUGGGGCUCCCUUCGCCGAGACCUGCGCAGGACUGACUGGCCUUCCAUCCUGCAGGGUGGAGCGGAGGUACAGGCGCGAGCCUUCACUUCCUACCUCUUGGCGCUCCAGGAGCAACACGUGCCCCACCGUGAGUUUGUCGCCAGACCAACGGACCAGCCUUGGUUUGGCUACCGCUGCCGCGUUGCCGCCGAGGCGAAGUAUUCUGCGUGGCUCCGCUACAAGCAGAGUCCUACUCGGCGCAACAAAGACCUACAUCGUGCGGUCUGCAAGAGGAUGGUGACGACCUGCCGGUGGGCCGUAGGGAGGUGGGAGGAGGACCUGCGGCGCCAGCUAGGAGGCCCUGGAGUGGGCAACAAGACUUGGUGGUCCCUUGUUAAGGGCAGACAGGGCCUCAACCGUAAAGACACUGUCCCUCCUCUCACAAGGCCCGACGGAACGGUGGCCACCAGCAGCAAGGACAAAGCACAGCUGCUGGCCACCCUUUUCGCUGGGAAGAUGGAGGUGGACGACCCUGAAAGGUCACCGCCUCUUCUGGAGCAGCAGUGCAGAGAGACUGUAACCAAGGUGGAGGUGACGCAGGGGCUUGUCGAGCGUCUGUUGCAGGGGCUCGAUGUACAAAAAGCUACCGGUCCCGACAACAUCAGCCCGCACGUUUUGAAACAAUGUGCCCGCGAGCUGGCUGUACCCCUCACCACAGUCUUCUCUGCCUGCUUACAGGAAAAUACCUGGCCCUUAGUGUGGAAAGAGGCCCGGGUAGUUCCCGUACACAAGAGGAGCUCCAGGUCUGACCCAAAAAAUUAUCGACCCAUCUCCCUGCUCUCUGUGGUGGGGAAAGUAUUCGAGAGGGUGGUGGCAGAUGUGGUGUGUCGCCACCUCCAAGACAAUUACCUCCUCUCGGACCAACAGUUUGGGUUCAGACCUGGGCGGUCCACUUCCGAUCUCCUCAUGCUCCUCACCGGGCGCUGGCAGGACACCCUUGACGGCGGCCUCGACUCAAAUGUUGUGGUGGCCCUGGAUAUAGCGGGCGCCCUCGACAGGGUCUGGCAUGGGGGUCUUCUGGAAAAGCUGAGGGCAAAGGGGAUCCAGGGUGACCUCCUUCAGCUCCUUGGCGACUACCUCCAAGGAAGGACCCUCCAGGUCGUUAUCAAUGGGCAAGCGUCCGAGUCCCUCCCGGUGAGAACGUCAGUGCUACAGGGCUCAGUGCUGGGGCCAGUCCUGUGGAACAUCUACGUGGACGAUCUUCUCCUACAGCUGCCGGCGGUCUCACCUUAUGCUGACGAUUGCACUCUCUCCUGUACCUACCCUCGACACGAAAGUGUGUGUGCUGCUGAAGAGAUCAACCAGCAGCUUGUAAUACAGGAGUGGGGGGCACGCUGGCAGGUGACCUUUGCUCCGGAGAAGACACAUGCAAUGGUAGUUUCUCCAUCCCCCGCAGCCGAACCAGCAGUGGAGGGAGGGCUAAGCUUUGGUGGCCUUUCUCUCGAACUCCAGGAGUCCGUCAAGAUUCUUGGGCUGACACACACCGCCCUCGUGAAACACGCCGACGUAGUGGUGGCAGUGGAGACCUUCCUGGAUGACAGCUGUGUUACCACCUGCGACAGGAUUACCGGCUACUCUCACUGGAUGAGGCGUGACCGCCAGGGUGGGCAGGGAGGUGGUUUAGCCGUGUGUCAUCGCGAGGGUCUCCACAUGGACGCCCUGACAGUCAACACACCGGACGUGAUGGAGAUGAUGCUUUUCCGUAUCACACUUGCUGACAGGGGCGCCCUGCUGCUGUGUGUCAUGUACCGACCUCAGUGGCAGGGAAGCGAGCCGCUCAACUACCUACUACGACGCCCUGGAUGUUGGCCGGCCAUCAUUAGUGAUUGCCCUGGACAUCGCCGGGGCCUUCGACACUGUGUGACAUCGGGGACUUCUGGCAAAGUUGGAGCAGCUGGGGCAUCACCGGGGACCUGCUGCACCUGCUCUCCAGCUACCUGA